AUGACACGCCUGCCAUUGGAAAUCUGGCGAGAAAUCUUCAGCUAUGCAUGCUCCGACGGGGGCUACACUGGAACGUCUUUGGCUCUAGCUUGCAAGCUCUUCUACAACGCUUCCCUCCCAGUCCGCUUCUACUCCUUAUCCCUCUUCUCGCUUCGCCAGGUCGAGUUAUUUCUCGCCUUUGCCAGACGUUACGAGGAGAGAUACGAUGGAAGACACCUCAAGGUCCACCAUCUCCUUCUCUCCUUCCCCGCCCCUCCUUCAAACUGCAGACCGGACCUCAGUUCAGAGGGUUCCUCGGGGGAAAGCAGCGACCCUGCAGAACACUGGAUCAUCGCGCGCCGGCUGCGCGAACACGACAAGGCCGCCUGGGACCGCCGGUUUCUCAAAGUCGUCCCCGCCCUCCUGUCACUCGCCGCGCCGCACCUGCGAUCGCUCGCACUUCUGCAGUCGGACGGGUUCGCGUUACCGGCCAUCAGACACGCCCUCCCCCGACUCCGCGAGCUCACCCUGCUCGUGGGCAUCUCGGUGAUGCUCAACAGCGACGACGCGUUCGACGUGGACGGCCCGCCGUCACCGUCGCCCCCCUCGACCCCUGGAUCAUCACCCGCCGCGGAGGCGCCCGCAUCCGCGACACCGAGCUCCCCGCCGCGGCGCGCGCGCUUCCCCGCGCUCGAGCGUCUGCAUGUCGUCUGCGGGCGCCACCGCGACUUCGUGCUCGGCGACACGCUCGCGCACCUCCCCCGCCUCGCGCCUGCGCUGACCCAUCUGCGCGUCUCGAACGCGACGUACACGCACGAGCACUGCCUCCCGCCCUUCCUGCGCGCCGCGCUCGGGCUGCCACACCCGCACUCGGGCUUCGAUAGCCUCGCGACGGGUGCUUAUCCAUCGUGGCUCGCGCAGGCCGCUGAUGCUGACGAGUGCACAGCGAGGCUUCCGGAGUUGCGACGGCUGCUCGUGCACUCUGUGCCCCCGCCAUCGGCUGGGACUUACGAGGGGCCGUACAAGGAGUACAUGGCGCUUGUCGAGGCGGUGGACGCGAUCGGCGCGGCGUGCGACGCGAGGUGCGACGUCAGCGUGCAGACGAUGCGCAGCGCACGUGCCAAGCAAAGGCUUUGGGAGCAGAUUGUCGAGGCGGACUGGGUGGACAGAAUUGAGGGAGGGCCCGGGUGCUGGGCGGGCUGCGAGAGAGACGAGGACGCUGCGGCGCGGGUGUAG